UUGCUUUCUUUUGUACGGAACCCUUUUUGCUAAGAUGAAUCUUUCCAUUCGACUAUUCAUGGCUACACUUGUGUUACAAAUGUUAAGCUUUACUUUAUUAGUCAGUUGGAGAACAGCGACUUUGACAUCAAUUAUAUACGACAAUUUCAUCUCUGUGGAAAAAUAUUUCUCUGAUCCUCUGACGCUGACAUAUAAAUUAAAAGUCGUUUGCUUCAUGAAGAUAUUCGGAGGAAUGCCCAUUGGAAUAUCUAUUGGGAUUUUUCUUCGUGAAACGGAACUUCUUGAUUCGAGUAAGAUCUCGGUUGUCUUUGCAAAAUCAAGUUUAUAUAUAGUAUAA